GGGAGAGAUGUGAUUGUUGUGAGUGUUUCAAAUGAAUUUCAUGAAUGUGCACUUUAAAGGUCCAGUGUAUAACAUUUAGCAAGGUUUUAGGAGGAAAUUGAAUAUACGACACAUAAAUAACCGUGGUUUUUGUGGCCUUUCAUAUUGUAUGUACCUGAGCCGUCUUGCGCUGCCAUGUUUCCGCAGCAAAGCAGCCAUUUCACAUUUUAAAAUUAAAGCUCACUGUGCAGACGACGAAGAAUGAGGCUUUUAGGUCUGUGAAGGCCAUAGUUCCCUAAAGCUCUUGGGAAAGGGAGGAGUCCUCUGUUGCCAUCUGCACUCUUCCCAUUAGAUGUCACUAAUUCUUACACACUGGACUUUUAAUUCUUUAUUUAGAUUGUACUAUUAGGGCAUACUGCAGUCAUACGUCACCGCAUCAAGAAGAGAAUAAUAAAGAGCAAAGGUUUCCUCUGGAACUUUUGCUGGGUUCCUGCUAUGUUCAUGUUAUUUUUACCAUGCCUGUCUGUGUGUCAGAAGACUGGCUGCAGUCAGCUGUGGCUCGCCAGCCCCUCCCCUCUCUCUCUCCUUUCUAUUUAUAUUCAGCUUAAUUUCACUUGAGGACUAUUUUCUCCCUCUGACGUCCCCCUCCGUCCACAUGUUGGCCCCCUUCUUCUUCUUCAUUUCCGCUCUCCUUCCUUAUUCACCUCCCAUAGCUGGACGUGCAGGGGACGUCCACUCUGGGUAUGAUUCAUUCUUUCAUUAUCGCCAUUUGUGCAUUCAUUUUAAAUUUACUACAUGCCGUGUGGCAAACACUAGCGUCUGAGCCAACUGGGGUGACAGUGCACGGCCCUUCUCUGAGGGAGGAGAACAUGGAGGAGCUCAACCCCAAACAAUUAGCUGUCAAGCAGCUAAAGCUGAAGUUCCUGGAGGCCCUGCAGGCCAACAAUGCCCAGAAGGCCCUGCAGAUUCUGCACACUGGCACCCUAGACAUUGACACGGUGCUGGAGGUGAAGGACCCCAGUAUGGUCCUGGCAUCCUAUAAACAAGGUUAUUGGCUCCCAGAGUACAAACUGGACAACUCCUGGGCGAUGGGCAUUCACGUGUGCAUGAUGUACAACGCUGUGGAAACAGCACUGGUGCUCCUGGAGGAAGGUGCCGCCAUUAACCGGAUGCCCAACGGGAAGACCCCGCUGCAUGUGGCCUGCGAGGUCUCCAACGCGGACUGUGCGGCCCUGCUCUUGGCUCGCGGGGCAAAGGUCAACAGCAUGUCACUGAGCGGGCACACGCCACUGCACUACUGCAUCACCAGCGAGUCUGUGGCCUGCGCCAAGCAGCUCAUCUUGAAAGGUGCAAAUGUCAACAUGCCCAGUCACAACAAUGAGGAGGAUACACCGUUGCACACAGCUGCCAGAUUUGGCGUUCCGGAGCUGGUGAGUCUAUAUCUGGCUCACGGCGCGUCUGUGGACGCAGUCAACGCUUUACAGGACACGCCUUUGAUAACCGCAGCCUUCUGGGCUUUUGACUCCAGAGAGCAAACGUACAGCGAGGAUCACCAUCUUGUCUGUCGCCUCCUGCUGGACCACCAAGCAGAUCCGAACCUCCAAGAAGAAGACCAUAAAACCGCUCUUCACAAAGCAGCCUGGAACUGCGAUCAUGUCCUAAUGCAGAUGCUGCUGGAGGCCGGAGCCAACACCAGAGCCAUGGACAUUAACGGCUGCGCCCCCAUUCAGUAUCUCCUCAAAGUGACUGAUGUCAGGCCCGUGGCCAUUCCUGAGCUCUGCUAUCAGCUGCUGCUCAACUAUAACACCGCCAGGAUUUACCCACCACAGUUCCACAAGGUGCUGCAGUCCUGCCAUGAAUACCCCAAAGUAUUAGAAGUGAUGGUCAACGCUUACGAACAUUUAAAGCCCACCAGGAAGUGGCGAGCAGCCAUUCCUGAUGACUCCUAUAAGAGACAUAAAGACUUCUAUGACUCCAUGUUUGCUGUUUGCACCAACUCUCCUCGCAGCCUGCUCCACCUGAGCCGAUGUGCCAUCAGAGCCGGUCUGGGUGGUUUCUGCCACAGAGGAGUAUCACAGCUGCUUCUGCCACCUCUCAUGAAGAAAUAUUUAUUACUGGAACCUGACGGGAUACUGUACUAACGGAGAGACUUUUUUUUGAUUAUUAUUUAGAUGCUCUAAUAUAUACUGUAACUAGUUUCAGGAGAAGCAUUAACUGUCAGUGGAUUCUUUUGAGUGACAGGUGAGAGGAUGUUCAUUUUAUUAUUGUGUAAUGGUAUUUUGCCUUCCCGGUCAUAUUAAGCUGCCAAAUUAUUCACAACGUCUCUGCACUUUUUACAUUUCCACUUUCCUCAGUGUCUUUUUGGCUUUGUGGAGUUAAUUUUUAAUUUCUGCACCGGCUCAUUCUCAUGAUUCUGCUGAACAAACACUUGAUAAAACCUUCCAGUGCACAUGAGGCCACAGAUGGCAAACACUCACAUUUACCACCCGAGGCAGGAAUAUGUAUCAUACGGUCUGAAAAUAAUUUCAGAGCAAAUAAAGGAUGAUAGAGAAAAUUCUUAGUGUUCAAAUGAGUAGGUCUUCAUAUGUGUGUUCUUGUAUAGUGUUUUGUUUGAGGGGAUUUUUCCUGGUGAAAAUGUUUUCUUAAUCCCAACUUUUCAUACUGUACUGGAGCAGCUUAAUGUCCUGUGUGAAAACAAACCACUCCUGCGUUGAACGAGUAAACCCACAAUAUCAAUAGUCCUCUUGUCUACCACACCGAAGGUGUGUCUUCGAGGGUGAGUCACCAUGUAUUAAUAAGCACGCUGACGCAUGUGCCAUCGCUAUAAGACUGAGCGUUCAAGGCUGGUGACUUAAAAAAAAGAAGAAGACGUUUUUAUUAUUUGUAAAGCCAGACAGAUGCAACAGACAGAUACAGCAUGACACUGUAACCCAAAACAAUGUUCAGCUGUGGUUCCAAUAUUUACUCUGAGUGAGUGAAUAAAGAGAGGCUGGCUUGCUGUG